UGUAUGCAAAUUAAAUGAUAACACUGCAGAUAUAUAUUCUCAUUCCGAUUAUGUAUGUAAUAUAUGACUGAUGAAAAUGAACUGGAUUCAUUCCAGGUUUUAGACAUUCAAAAUGGCGACCAAUGACAGCGAUAAUGGAGAACGUAUUGAGACGUUGGAGCAUUCUGUUGAAACUUUGACUGGUGCACAAUUCGUAGUGGAGGGUAAUAAUUCCUGGGCCCAAGAACAAGACACAGAUCUUACCAACGAGAACUUCAGUGACUGCAGAUUCCACAGCGACAAGAAACUGGACAUGUUCUGUAAAACUUGUGACGAACCGAUAUGUGAAAGAUGUGCGUAUUUAAACCAUAAAGAUAAGCACAAGGUUGUGGAUCUGAUCGAGGUCAUCGCAGAACGAAUAGUUCAAACAAUAGUCAACAAAGAUAUUUUGAUGCAUCAGAUUUUGCCAGUUUAUGAGGAGGAAACUAAAAGGAUGAGGUCUGAUUAUAGGGAUGUCAGGGGGAAAUACUCGGCAGUAAGGGAUAUCAUAAAAGCCACGGCUGCGCGGUGGCAUCGCGAGAUCGAUGAAGUCGUGCACCAUAUUCUACAGGACUUACAUGAGAUGGAGAAUGAAUACAUGCAACGCUUCGAUGAAGAAAAGAAAAAGGUAGAUGAAAUCUCAGAUGAAAUACAAUCAAUGAUAAAUAAAAGCACAGACCUUUUACGCAAUCCAUUAGAACUUAAUGAAGAGAACAUGCCAAAGGUUGAAAAAUUUAAGAUGUUCCCAAAGAUUUCUCUUUUUCAUCCGCCAUCGUUUUCUGAGGGAAAGUUGCAGAAUAUGACGGAUCGUGUUAGUAUUGACAACAGAAUAGUUUAUAGCCCGAGCUAUCAACUACCUCUAAGAGCUGCAUACGACAAGUCUUGCCUUUGCUUGGCGGAAUUGAAACGCCUGAGGGAGAAAAUAAGUGAUCCUCAUGAAAUUCAAACAGGAAUAGCUUCAAGACCAAAUAUUUCAAAUUCGUCCGUGGAUCAUGGGAACAUAAGCGAUAUUAUGGCUUUGUCUUCUGACAAAGCUCUUCUUGCAAAUAUGGGCAAAGUUUUACAAGUCGACAACAAUGGCAAUAUUCAACGUUCAGAAGACUGUGCAGGCAUACAGUUCCUAACUCUAGGAAAUGGUGGUCACUUAUAUUUCACUGUUUCAACCGGAAAGAAAAUAGGUAAAGUUGACUUCCGGAUAAAUGAUACAAGUACAUGCACUACCAAUCCAUUACUGGUGGACGAAGAGUGGACUCCAUUUGGUAUAGCGGUCACCAAAGAUGGGAAUAUCUUAGUCUGUUGCCAAAACCAAACUCAUGGCAAGGUCGUCAAAUUCAAUGAAAAUUUGGAAAAGUUAGCCGAAUUUGAAAGCGCUUGCCAAUCGGAGCCACAUUUUGAAAAACCAAAAAUGGUAGUUGAAAAUAGAAACGGUGACAUUUGUGUCACGGAUAUGGCGGCUAAACCAUCUGUCGUCAUCCUGAAAGAAGAUGGAACUCUUAGGAAAAGAUAUCAACCAGACAUCCCAUCGAAUUCAUUCACAGAGAUUUUCACAACACGUCGCCCCUUUUCUCCUGGAGGAAUUUGUACAGAUAGAAUGGGUCACAUCCUUAUUUCUGAUACCCCUCACAGGGUCAUUCAUAUUCUGGAUCAGUGGGGGGAAUUUCUGCAGCUCCUUCUUAGAAACUCUCUUGAAGAUCCACGUGCAUUGUCAGUUGACACAGCCGGUCAAUUGUGGAUUGUAGAAAGACAGAAGAACCUGAAGGUCGUUCAAUAUCUUCAUGGAUGCCCUUGAUUGUUUGCAAAUAAAGAUUAGCAUUUGGAAUGCCAUCUCAGAUGUAUCCUAUAUAUUGCAUAACCGUUGUCCGUUAUUGCUUGCAAAUUUGCAAAACUUUACCUUUAUAAAUGCACUGGGAGGAGGGGGCUCUUAGUUCCUUGAAAUAUGCACAGACCGCUUCGAACGAAGAGAUUCCGAUGCCCGAACUGCCAUCUUGCCAUCUUUCUAAUUCUGGAUUAAUUAGGAUUUCGUGUCUUAUGAGGAAUCAUCUUCCGACUCCAAGACUUCUCUCUUCACAUGAGUGCGACCGUUUUGGUGCUACUUGAAGAAUAAGGACAAAUAAAAUGGCAUUGGAUAUCUUUAAAUAUCGAUUUAUAUUCAUGUUUUAUGUGCCUCUAUUUACACUUUCAGUUCUGAGAUUUUGUCAUUCAUCGAUCGAAUAAAACUCAGUAAAGUUUAGGUUGUAAAAGCAACAAGAACUAUUUUGAAUAACCUCAGGUUUAAGAGGUGAUCACUUGCCGUUGUUUGCUUAUUAAAAAAUGCUUUAAUAAUAAUGACAUCCAAAAGAUUCUCAAUAUUUUGGUUGGGGAAUUUUGAAAAAUAUAAUUGUAAUAAACUGCAAUUUUUUUUUUUUCGUUCUUUAGUAAAAUAAAAAGAAAUGUAUAAUUAUCCUUUCUCUAUCGUAAAACAAAUUUCCUGACCAGCAACAGAACGAUAGAUGCUCUCUAUGCACGUAAUGUCACGAUUUGACAUAUUGUACCUCGCACCUGUGGAUUGCACGACGUAUUUCCAGUAUUCAAUAUUCAGAUAACAUAUCUUGAUAUGUACAUGUCUCUUAUCCAUGUGUUUAGUUUUGUCACAUGUUUUAAAUUUAGAUAAAAUAGCGAUGUGUAUAUCACCAAUUAGAUAAACUACUAACCCACAAAUUUACUUCCGGUUAGAUAAACUACUAACCCACAAAGGUACUUCCGGUUGAUACAUGCAAGUGAAACCUAAUGGCGUAACCUUCCAUGAAGUUGGUGUAGACAGAGAAAGAAAUUAAAAAGUAAUUAGUACGAGAUAAAUAGAACAUCUACAAUGUUUACAUUGGAAAAGUGUAUAUAUUCUCUUAUUCUCUCUCGCUCAUAUUCUUUCUCACUCACAUUUUCUCGCUAACAUUUUCUCUUUAUUAAAUUCAACUCGUUGGAUAAAGCAAAUCCAUACAUGUCUUCUAUUGGUUGCUUUAUUUCAUACCUAAAAUAGAGGAGAUACAUUUCAAUUUACGCAAAGGGUAAAAUCAAUUUGAAACCCUAUUUUUUCUUUCCUUUAAAUACAGUUCAACUACUAUAGUAUUGACGAUUGCUAACGAUGAACAGGUAAAUUGUACCAAUACUUGGUCAAGUCUUCUUUGUCUGUUCUUGUUACAGGUUAGAUUGAUUGUGUAUUGUUUAAUUUCCCUCUGGAGGAUUUUUCACUCGUAUGGAGACAUCACCAUUGCCAGUGAAGGGUGCAAACUUUAGGUUUAUGCUCGGCACUUCCAGUUUUUGAGCAGGGAGGAAUCUUUAUCGUGCCACACCUGCUGUGACACAGGACCUCGGUUUUAGCGGUCUCAUCCAAAGGACCGCCCCAUCUAGUGUUACAUGUUAGACAACGUGUUUAUCAUAGUAAAAGAACUAUAAUGGAUUGUAUUGAUUUAAUAACUACUAGUACUUACAAACCACAUGCAAAUGUAAAACCCACCUCCAUAAAUUGUUUGUUUCCUUGU